CUGGUUCACCACGUUCGCUGCACCCCUCCUUCUCUCCCCCGAGUCGCCUUUGCAUGUGUUAACGGGUCCCACGGUAUUUCAUCGGGCGUUAUUGGAAUUAUACUCUGAUGGAUUUGGAGUACCGAGGGAUUCUCGCGCCGAAUGGGUUGGCUACACAUGCCUCGCUCUUAACGCCUCCGGCCACCACCAGCGACCUUCGGAACAAUCUUAGGCUUCCCCGGCCGAUGACAGCUUUUGAUUUCUCCCCCAGACCCUCGGAACCUGGCGCCAUGAACAAGAUCCCCGCCGUCCCGAGCAAACGGCGGGGUGGUUGUAGGAAGGCCUGUAAUGAGUGUAAGCAGCAGAAGCUUCGGUGCGAUAUUGUGCAAACGCCCGCUGAUGCAUGCUCACGCUGCCGGCGGCUCCAAAUAGAAUGCAAGGUUGAGCCCACUUUCAAACGGAUCUCCAAACGCCGGCGCAAUGCCGAAAUGGAAAAAGAAAUUGCGGAUCUCCGCCGUCGGCUUGCCAGUGGAGAGCAUCCCCAGCCCGGGGAGGCUAAUGCCAGUGACGAGCUAUCUCAAUGUUCGGAGGAUGUGUUCUGUUCUCCAGAUGCGACUGUUGGCAUCAAAGGACGGCCGUUGUCGGCUCCACUGGACCCGCAACCCAUCGCUACUCCGCUGACCAUCCAUCGAGAUGCCUCCAUCUUGUCCCAGGAUGAGAAUCCGUGGAUAUUAGAGGACGUCUCGCUAUCACGAGCCCGAGUAGCACGGUUGUUUGACCAGUUUUUCAAAUAUUAUCAUCCCUUUCUUCCUCUUUUGAACCCACAGAAGCCCCCAGACGAAUAUAUGCGUCGUUGUCCAUUGCAGGCAUGGACGAUCAUCUGUGUUGCUAGUCGAAGAGCACCUUCUGAGCCGGGUCUCCUCAGCGCACUCUCCGGGCCGUUUAGUCGGCUGCUCUGGUCCACCAUUACUGGUGUACCACAAGACUACCGUGUGGUCAAGGCACUCUGCCUCCUCUGCACCUGGCCGUUGCCAACAACCAGUCAACGAACCGAUGCUACCUUUAUGCUCAGCGGACUGAUGAUGCAGAUAUCCAUGCAACUGGGGCUACAUCGUCCAGUUCAAGCUGAGGAGUUCACCACCUUCCGCAUGGAAGUACAAGGGGAAGCUGUCAAAGAUCGAUUGCAGACAUGGGUUAUUUGUAACAUUGUAGCCCAAAAUGUCGCUACCGGUUACGGGCAGCCUCCGUCAACUAUCUACGAUUGGGCCCUAGAGCCCGCUUCACUGCGAGACGCCGAUUACCACCCUUCGCAUGACCUGAUGACUCGGCUCAGAAUCGAGAAGUUCUGUGACCGUGUCACAAAGGCACUGUACAGCAGCAAACCUGACCCGGCCGAGUUCAUCAGUUCGGAGAAGCUGCUGAUUGUACAGCUUCUCGAGAAUGAAUUGAGAGAUAUGGAAGUCGACUUUGGCCGGGACAUUUCCAACAUCAACAUGAUCCACCUGCGAGCGGCCGAACUGCACCUACGGUAUUUCGUAUUCCUGGGCUCUAACGCCCGAAGCGACGAUUUGACAAAGUUGUUCAUCGCAACCACUUCCUUCCUCGGACGAGUACUCGAUCUCGAGACCUCCCCCGGCGAGCUUAUCGGCCACGCUCCCAACUACAUCCUACAAAUGAUUGUCUCAGCCGCUUUCGCGCUCAUGAAGCUCUUGAAGAGCGAUUUCCGUCGCCACAUCGACUUUGAACACGGAAAGCUUCUCUUCAACGGAGCCAUCUCGGCUAUCCGCCGCAUCAGCGUCAUGGACCACGACCGUCCCGUCCGCCUGGCCGAUAUCCUGGCGCAGAUGUGGAACGCAGGCAGUCCAGAAGAUUCCGCCGGUGGUGACGCAUUGCAGCUCAAGAUCCGUUGUCGCAUGAGCAUGAGCCAUGUUUACGAUACCGUGUGGCGGUGGCGCCAGCGAUUCCGCCCGAUGAAGAGCGUGGAGGACACGCAAGCUACCAUGGCCAAUCCCAAUGUGGCUCCCCUCACUGGCCCUCUCUCACGGCCGCAGGACGAGUCUUUGCAGAGUACAAACCUGAUAUACACUUCAAACUUUGAUCAAGGCGCCUUCAUCAGCGAGGCAGGCUUCUCCGAGGUAUUCGAUUCCCUGAAUUGGGUUUUUGAUGGGAUUCCGGACUCCUUUGUGGCGCCUCCAAUUCUAUGAACAAUGCACGCACAGCCUUCUGAACUGCGAGUACUGUUGACUUAAAAGCCGUGUUUCCCUAUGAAAAUGUACAGAGCACCACCAUACAGCAUAGCAACCACUUAUGACCAUUCUUUUAUCAUAAUAUACCCGGAGGAC